AUGGACAAAAUAAAGAGUCUAGGAAAAACAGGUUCACUCGCUUUGGGUUUAAUAGUAGGCGUCUUAAUGACCUUAUCCACUACUUUUUUAAUUUCGCGCCGUGCAAGAAGAGACACGUCCUCAAAGUCGGCUCGUUUGCAUUCGAGUGAAAUUGCAGUGAACAAGAUUGUAAAUGGCGUAGAAGGCAUAAUAGGAAAUACACCAAUGAUUAAAAUACGUAGCUUAAGUGAAGCGACAGGAUGUGAAAUAUUGGCGAAAGCCGAAUUUCUCAAUCCAGGUGGAAGCCCCAAAGACCGUGUCGCACUAAGCAUGAUCCAAAUGGCCGAAGAACAAGGACUAAUUCGACCAAACACCGGCUGCGUAAUUUUUGAGGGGACUUCCGGGUCGACCGGGAUUUCAAUUGCAAUGAUCGCUCGUGCGAAGGGGUAUAGCGCGUGGAUAGUUAUGCCUGAUGAUCAAGCACAAGAGAAGUAUCAAUUGUUGGAGAAAUUGGGCGCACACGUUGAGAAAACGAGACCGGCUAGUAUUGUUGAUGAAAAUCAGUAUGUUAAUCUUGCGAGACGACAGGCUUCGGAGUUUAAUAGUGGAGAAGAGAGUAAUGCAGAUCAUAAUAGUGAUGGUGUAAAGAGAAGAGGAUUUUUCGCGAAUCAAUUUGAAAAUUUGUCGAAUUUUCAGGCUCAUUGUAAUGGGACUGGGCCGGAAAUUUAUAAACAGACAGAUGGAAAGAUUAAUGCUUUUGUCGCGGGUGCAGGAACUGGUGGCACAAUUGGCGGCGUCUCCAGUUACCUAAAGCCUCUAAUUCCAGAACUCAAGGCAGAAGGUUCACGAAAACGACAUCAAGUUGAUACAGUUAUUGAAGGAGUCGGGUUAAAUCGACUCACAAAAAACUUUGAUUUGGCGCGUGAAUUUAUUGAUGAUGCGAUUAAAGUUACAGAUCGAGAGGCGGUUGAGAUGGCGAGAUAUUUGGUGCGUGAGGAAGGCCUCUUUAUUGGAAGUUCUUCUGCAAUGAAUUGUGUUGGAGCUGUACGUGUUGCUCGGAUGUUGGGUCCUGGUCAUCGGAUAGUCACUAUUCUAUGUGAUUCGGGACAACGUCAUCUAACCAAAUUUUGGAACGAUGAUUAUCUCAUAAAGCAUAAUAUACUGCAACAACAAACACCACCAAUAGAUGUCCUUAGUGGUAGCGAAAGAAAUGAUAGUAGUAAUGAUUUAUCGCGUAUCAUGUGA